UCACAUGGGUAUACUCUAAUUCUUUACCAUUGGCGCUGAAAUAUUAACCGGAUUUCACAACAACUAGCUGACUUUGCUUCUGGCGCAAAUGGCGUGCCGCGUACGCAUAUAUUAUUUAAUACGAAGUCGUGCCAGAUAAAGCUUGCUGAUGUACCGCCAGUACCAGUUAAGCCAAAUCCGCAGUUUUGAUUUAAACCAUGAGGACUAUAUUAGAAAACUUGCUCCGGUUCCGUGGCGUAUCAAGGUCAACUGCGGCACCGAUUUUCAUUUCUGUUCUGACUUUGUCUGUGCCAGUCGUGUCACCCAUCAAGAUUAUAACUUCUAGUAACAUUCCAAAUCCGUUCUUUGACAGUACAAAAAUACUUGAUCAAGUCAACGAAUUACGCGAGAACGAAACCUUCCCCGGAACACUCAGCCUGUGCCCGGAUUCGGACACGAAACUGCUCAAUGCCAGCACAGGACAGCGGCACUACGAUGACCUUCGGUCUUUACGUGGGAGGAGCAGUACAACCUUCAAUGCGCCGCUCAGCUAUAUUAUGCACAAUUUUCAGACGUUCCUCGAGCUGAAGGAAUAUGUCGGCCUGCAUGAGGUUGCGCUACAGACCAACAACCGAACAGCAGCUGAACUGCAGGAAGCUCUCACUUACGUCUGGCUGCCCAGUCUCGAAAAGAGCAACUGGACAGCGACGCACGCCGAAAUCCUGGAGAUCCACAACGGAACCAUUCAUUUCUCGAGAGACGGGUCGCCGUUGAUGGUUAUUCGCUACAUUCUACCGGUGUCCGAUGCCAUAUCUCCGGCGAAUUGUUCCAGCCAUCUGCAGCGGUUUCCCUGGAUGUACGCAAGCAACUCCAAAUACCACGAAUUAACCCCCAUUGUUCCACCUUUGAUCGGCAGUUUGGUACAGCGGAUGCAGGAGAAUGGUUUAACAGUUUACGAAGGUCCAGUAUUUUACAAGGACAAUGGUGCUCUGGACUAUGUUUUCCUGCGGGCAAAUUCUACAGACAGCUUCUUGGAUAUUGACCAGUUGAAGGCGGAUAUGACGGAAGUUGUUCAGCAAUCGCGUUUUAAACAACAGUGUGGUAGUGCCGGCAUGAGCGACUGGGAAAUUCAUUUUGGCCAGCUCCAGCCGGGAAUCGUGCCCUCGAGGGAUAAUGGCUCCUUUACUUACGUGAUAGCUAUGUCCAUACCUUUUGUCAUCCGCACGCGGGAGAAGAUCCUAGUCCGCGAUUUUAUGAGCAUGGUACCACUGCUCAACCAUACGGAUCGCUACUAUCUCGUUUCGAAAACAGGGCUCGAGAAAGAUUUCAAGAAUAUUCGUAUAGUCGACAACCCACCACUGAAUACAGCAUUCUCCUUCCGUAUGCACCUGGAUCGUCCACUGAGUGGCCAGUGGUUGCCGCUGCUGGAAGUUGCGAUGCAAUCUCAACUGAACAUCGGCAUGGGUAAAAGUUCCACAGCUGAAGUGCGUCUAUGGGACUUCGAUCCGGAUGCUGCGGUUGUCAAAUUUUUUGUCCUGCUACCGUACCCGGCAUCCCCGCUAAGAGAGGCCCUAGAUGCCAGACUGCCGUAUGCCACCAGCAUCUACCGCAAACUCGAUGGUCUCCAGUUUCGCUUACCAUCGACUAAUGUUACCUAUACGCUGAUGAGAUUUCAUUUACCCGGUCACAUGCAGGAUGUGGUUAAAGCAUCAGCUUCUGCGCCGCAGUGCCAAAGCGAGAGUGCAUGGUCUUGUUUACCGGUAGAAGAGCAGCUAAAGGAAACGUUCUCCUUGUACGUCGAGUGGGUAUCGUUUGUUUCACACAACCAGUACCUGCCGAACGGAUUCUUCAAGGAGCUGCCGAAUUCCGAUAAGGUUUUGGAUGCAUUACAGCAAGCCUUCGCCAUUUCGAACAACCAGACAGGGUACAAUAAUACACUGACCAUCACUGUAACCGAGCGCGAUGAUAAUUUGAAAACAACAAAAGGGCGCGACGCUACCAGAUUUACUUUUGCGCUGACGUAUCCCGAAAUGCCAAGUCAGUUUGAUUGGAAACCUUGGCGCUAUCCAUCAUUUGAUGACCUAAACAGCCUGUUGCAAAGCAUCGCAAAGGUCAAAAUCGUCCGAACUUGGACAGUCGCGGUGUCAGCUUUCAGUUAGCUCAAUUACAAUUUCCGGUUUGUAGCUAAUGUGUAGGACCUUCCAUCGAUUUAGCUGAUCCCAAUCCUUACUUCAGUCUGUAUAAUGUGGGAAAUUUGGAGCUUAAAAACUAAUCGAAAGGCUAUAAAUAAGAGUAUAAAUGUGAGUACAAAGCAAUAUCACAAACAACCGCACCGCAAACGACAUACGUAUUGACAUACAUAUUGACAUUAACUUUAACGACAUGAUAAAACAUUGAAACCGUUGUUGCAAAAUGUUGCGUAAAUGCGCCGCACAUACUCUCUUUAUGUGCACAGAUACGCUUCAUAUGGUUGCGUUGGAGAUUACGCGACAAUUUGUUGCAGAAAGCGAAUACUGAUAUAUUUUGUACUGUUUGUUUGUUAAUGGUAAAAGACCAGGUUUUAUUUGAAUGAUUUGCGUUACGACCCUGAUUAUCCGACCCGCUAACCAAGGAUUUCCUCAGCGGGUAAAACGGUGCCCAGCCUGAUAUCGUCCAGCACUGGUCGACUUCCAACCGGCGUCAAAGCCAGGAAAUUCCGAUCCAUGAGACCGAUGCGGGAGAACUUGAUGUGUACCCAAUAGACGACCAGUUUGUUGUUAGCCAAAACCCUGCCCACCCUGAAGGGGAUUACCAUCUCCCGAUCGAAAACUUUGCAGCUGAACAUCAAACAGAUUAAGCUUGCUUAAAGAUUUAUACGUAUGGAAAUCUGAAGUGCUGCUGCAAAAAAUUUACGUACGCUUACACCAGGCUUCCACUUCAUACUGUUUUUUUUUGCAAUAUAUUGCUCAAAUUCACGGAAGCA